AUGGUGCUUCUCCUGGCCUCGGUGAUGCUGGCGGUGAUGACUGGGGUCAUGCUCCACGCCUUCAGAUCUGUGGCCGUGAGGUCUUCAGGAGUCUUGGCCUCACCCGCAGACGAGUCGGCCUUUCUAGGCGUUGGGGAGGCCGUCGACCUCUGUGGCCUCGUGGAUUACCCCAAGCUGCCAGCACAGGACCUGCACCGAAUCCAGGAUGUCGCUUUCUCCAUGGCUCUUCCUGGCCGCGGUGGGGUCAUCAAGGCAGCAACCAAGGCCGCAGCCAAGGCGGUUGCAGCGAAGGAGUUUGCGGCUGUCUCAUCCAAGCUGAAGAAAUCCAAGAGCAAGGAGACAGUGGCCGGGGAAGGCAAAUGGUACUAUAUGAGUGACCUGCGCAAGAUGAAGGUUGGCGCAGACGAUCCGAAGGCCUGGACGGCCUACAACGGGAAGAUGAACAAGCAGUUGGAGACGGCGUAUAGCAAGGGCUUCAAGCAGUACACCAUGACUCUGGGAGACAAGCAAUACAUCGUCAAGUUCAACACCAUGGUGCAGUUCCGUGCCGACGACAAGAGCCUCCAAAGACCAGUGAAGCGUGAGUGA